AUGUCUUCACUUUCAGAAUAUGCCUUGCAUGUGUCUCCUCUGAGUGCCCGCCUAUUUGGUGAAGUUGACAGGCUUACUGAUUCCAAGUCCAAUAAAGUGUUGAAACUGUUUAGUGAACAGCCUUUGGCAAAGAGGAAGGAGACUUACAACUGGUAUCCAAAUCACAACACUUAUCUUGCACCCAUGGGAACACUCCAAUUUCUCGGCCUCUCUAGAGAUGAGCAUCAGGAUUUUAGAGAUGAGCAAAUGCAUCUAAAGAACCUUCAUGGAAAGGGGAAACCAAGGAAAGGAAAAGAGAAAAGAGCAGCAAAAAAGAAAUAGUGUUGGUCCAUCAAGA